AUGACGGGCUGCUGCACAGACGCGUCCAGCUGCGAUGUCGGCGCCGUGGGAGCGCUCUGGGUUUAGGAGGGGAACCGGGAUCUUCCUGCGGAGGAUUUAAAAGUCUGGCGUGUUUUUGUUUGUUUUCUCUAAUCUCCGGCCGCCAGUGUUUCCAGAGAGCUGCAGCGACUGAAACACUUGCACCGAGCGGACGGGGCGAGCCGCCAGCGGUUCCAUGCUCAGCCUCUAUCCGGCUGCAUCGUUACGGAAUUACCUUCGGAGUUUGUCGCUCCUGAUUUCCGCAGAAUUUCUGAACAAAGUCACCAACGUCCUGAUCCAAGAUGAACUGGGCUCCUGGUACUCAGUGUGUAGCCAAGUGUGACAACAGGAAAGCUAAGCCUGGAGAGCUGCUCUACCACAAAGGAGACAUUCUCACUAUAGUUGAUAGAAGCACGAGGAAAGGUUUUUACGCUGCCAGACACAACACCACAGCAGAGGAGGGGCUCAUAAACUCCAGCAACGUGCGCGAGAGAGAGGCGCUACGAGUCGACCCCGGCCUCAGCCUCAUGCCCUGGUUUCACGGGAAGAUCUCUGGACCGACUGCGGUGGGAAAGCUGCAGCCGCCUCACGACGGCCUCUUCCUGGUGCGAGAGAGCAUUCGCCACCCCGGCGACUACGUCCUGUGUGUCAGCUUCUCUAAAGACGUCUUCCAUUACCGAGUGAUUUACCAAGACAACAAGCUGACCAUCGACAACGAGCAGUACUUCUACAACCUCAUCGAUAUGAUCGAAUUUUACUCAAAGAACAAAGGCUCCCUCGUCACGACUCUGGUGACGCCCAGGAAGAAACAAGGAGCCAAGUCAGCUGAGCAGGAGCUGUCUAAAACUGGGUGGCUGUUGGACAUUACGAAGCUCAGUCUGGGAGAAAACAUUGGAGAAGGAGAAUUUGGUGCUGUUUAUCGGGGGGAGUACAUGGGCCAGAUGGUGGCUGUGAAGACCAUAAAAUGUGACGUCACAGCUCAGGCGUUCAUGCAGGAAACGGCUGUAAUGACGAAGCUGCAGCAUAAGAACCUGGUGCGGCUGCUGGGCGUCAUCCUUCACAAGGGGCUCCACAUCGUCACUGAGCUCAUGACCAAGGGAAACCUUGUGAAUUUUCUCCGGACCAGAGGACGAUCAGUCGUCGGCUCCCCUCAGCUGCUGCGCUUUUCCCUUGAUGUGUGUGAAGGGAUGGAGUACCUGGAGUCAAAGAAACUUGUUCACAGAGAUCUGGCAGCGCGAAACGUCCUGAUCUCUGACGACAGCGUGGCGAAGGUCAGCGACUUCGGCCUGGCGAAGGUGGACUCCAAAGAGACGGACAAAGCCAAGCUGCCCGUCAAAUGGACGGCGCCUGAAGCUCUGAAGAAAGAGAAGUUCUCCUCAAAGUCAGACGUUUGGAGCUACGGCGUUCUCCUGUGGGAGAUCUUCGCCUACGGCCGCCAGCCCUACCCUAAGAUGUCUCUGAAGGAAGUGAAGGAGAAAGUGGAAGCAGGUUAUCGCAUGGAGGCUCCAGAGGACUGUCCUCCUGGUGUUUACGCCAUAAUGAAGCUCUGCUGGGAGCAGGAGCCGCGGAAAAGACCAGGCUUCUCAAAACUGAGAGAGAAACUUGAGCAAGAACUGAGUAAAAUGAGUCCAAGCUCUGCAGCCGGGUGUCAAGAAGCAGCCAAGACCGGACUGAGGAGCUGAGUUCAAGUCUGCAGCUGUGAUGAACCGGCUCUCAUUUGGUGAAGACUCUUGGGAUAAAGACCCUUAAACUAAUUAAAUUUAUGGAUUGGUAAAAUGUCAAAGCGACGAGGAGGAGGAUGGUUCUGAUGAAUUCAUGGUUGUGUGCAGGAAAUAUUUAUCGGUGGCCUCUUUGUUUGAGGUCGACACCGUUUGGUCCAAACUGAGUUGUCUCAGAAGCUUUAAUAUAGAUUCUCACUAAAAGAAGCUAAAAACUCAUAGAUUUUUCUUUAUUUAUAAAGCAGAUUUUAAGCAGCAGCUUUUUCCAAAGUGUAGGUCAUAAAAUUAACAAAAAAGACAGUUUUAUACUUCAUAUUGUUUAUUUAUUUAGUCUGAUAAAAAAUACAUUUUACUUACUUUUUAAUGGAGAGGUUGAUGUAAUCAAGUAUGAUUGAUUAUGAAUUAGUGAAAAGCCAGUUUAGUAAUGAAAUACAUGUCUGAUAAUUUACUAUUCAUAUCUCACUAAAACCAAACAGACCAAAAGACAAUUCAUAAAAUAAUUUCAUUACCUUCAUCGAUGAGCACAAAAUCUUUUUAUUUUACAGCCAUAUUUGCAAAUAUUGCCAAAGUUGCAAUUAUUUUAUUAUAACAUUUUAUUAAAGUGCAGCAGCACAAAAAUGUAACACAAGACAACACAAAGCAAGUGGUCCAAACACUUCAUAAUAAUUACUACACCAAGUAACUUUACUCCUUAUAAUCCACUAAUAAGUGCCUAGUUUUCAGUCCAAGCUGAACUCAUUCUUUGUUCAGUUGCUGAUUAAGACGCUGCAGGGUUUUAAUUCACUGCAAAUUGGGCCAAAUCUCACUGUCUGAGAAGAUCGGGUAAAAGACAGAGAUCUGGUAGCUGGUAUAGAUGAUGAGGUGUAUGAAUUACUCUCUGCAUUUGUAAUUUAAAAUGAAAGGUAAUCUCCAGGUCUGAAACCCAGGCGGUCUUUUAGAGCCACAGCUACACACCUUAUCUUCAAGGAGAACUGCAGUCAGUCCAAAGUUAUUCAACCUUCUUCUUUAAAGUUUUGGUGCAGCUCAGAUUCCUCUUGGCAAAGCAACAUAGAUCCACAUAGUCAGUGUCAGUGGUCCUGUUUUAUCUGAAGCAUUUUGCUUUUGCUACUGUUUAGCGACCACAUGUAAAUAGUUUGUGUAUAAAUGCAACCAAAUCAUGUUGCUGUCUCGAUUUAUUUGCACUGUUAUGAUUUUAUUGCCACGAAUUAAAGAAUGUAAUAUGUUCGGUUCAAAUGUUGAUAAAUCUGAAUCUUAUUUUGUGCCUGAACUUAAAUGAUUGCAGCACUGGAGGGAAUAAAAUGCUAAUAAAUAAAAGAAUAAAAAGAAAGGAGAAAGGAUCAGGGUUCAUUAGGAAACCUUCAUGUUUUUUAUUUUUUGGAUUCUUUUUUUGUGUUGUUUUGUGUCAUUUAGAUGUUCGUUUCAGUGUUUCCCUUCAGCUCCUCCGUUCUCUCCCAGUCCAAAUUCCCAGUACUUUAAAAACCAGUCAAUUUCAUUUCCUCCUUGCCAGAUUCUUGUUCACCUCCUCUCUUGUCUGUUGCUCACCUUAUUUGCUGGCAGGGGAACCCAAAUGAAAUGUUAAAGCUGAACAACUGAGGUUCUCAAAUCCAGAUGUUUUUUGGCUUUGAUGCUGAUUCUGAUCUUUUAGGAAUCAGCGUUUUUAUCAAUAUA